AUUUACACAAUACGACGGCUCAAUGUUUUGAAUAUCUUCUAUAGGUCUAUCUGUUCCGCCGGUCCAUCUUUAAUUCUUUCGUUCUUAUUUCUGUGAGGUGUGGAAGUCCGGAACCCUAGUUUCAUCGCGUCCUCCCUUCCCUCGAUCUAAAAUGGCAGAAGCGUCCUUGAGUAUGAGCCUCGACGAUCUCAUCAAGAAGAACAGGGGUUCCGGAGGAAGUAGAAGAGGUCGUGGAGCUGGACCAGAUCGACGGAUCCCCAACCGCUCCUCUAACCGGCACGCACCUUAUGAAACUGCCAAGGCACCGAACGCAGCUUGGAAUCAUGACAUGUUUUCCGCUGACCAGCCUACGGCGUUUCCCGGACAGAUCGUCGGAGGUGGUCGAGCUUCCUCCAUAGAGACUGGCACGAAGCUCUUUAUCUCUAAUCUGGAAUAUGGCGUGUCUAACGAAGAUCUUAAGGAACUAUUUUCAGAUGUUGGAGAUAUGAAGCGCUAUGGAAUCCAUUAUGACAGAAGUGGGAGAUCAAAGGGAACAGCAGAUGUUGUUUUCUCCCGCCGACAAGAUGCAUUAGCAGCUAUCAAAAGAUAUCACAAUGUUCAGCUUGAUGGAAAACCAAUGAAGAUUGAGAUUGUUGGCACAAACAUUGUGACUCCUGCCCCGCCUGUCUUUCCUUCUUUCGGAAAUCCCACCGGAAUUCUCCCUAGUGGGCAAGGAAGGAGUGGAGGGUUUGGAAGACCGCGUGGAGGUAGGGGAAGGGGGCGUGGAUUUCAAGGUGGGCGAGGGAGAGGAAGAGACCGCGGAGACAAAAAGGUAUCUGCUGAAGAUCUUGAUGAAGAUUUAGCAAAGUAUCAUUCUGAAGCAAUGCAGACAAAUUGAAUGUGUCUGCUUUCAACAUAUCUCUUCUCUACACUUGUUGUGAGUUGUGAGUAUGCAUGAUGAAGAAGCCAUGUAUCUUUAUACAUUUUUAGCAUCGUUCAGCUCUUGGUACUAUUAUUAGGAAGUACUUAAAGCAAGUGGGACUUAUACCUCUUGAUGUGUGUAUGUGGGGAUUGAGUUUUGUCACACAUUGUUGCUUUCUAUUUGGUGAAGUUAGGUGGACUUGAUAGAUUCAGAUAAUCUAUAGACGUCUUCAUUUUU